GAGAUUCUGUUUCUUUGCUCACGUGUUUUGUAAAUAGAGACGUUCGGAACGUGUGGAAAGAAACCUUGCAAUGUUUUUUUCUUUUUUUGUGUGACUGAUAGCUGGUUAAAACUAAUUGCAUGGACAGAUUUUUGUCUGUUGGCAAAAGGACUCUAAAUUAAUAUACGUCAUGCAAUUUGAUGAAAAAUUCUGCGUAACUAUAUUGAUUUGAUUGACUUGAUAACAGUAAGGAUCGACAUCUAAAAACGAUGCCUGUUGUUUGGUGGAAAGACGGUGGUGUCGCUUAGCUCAAAUUUAACGAUACAAACCAUAUGACGCGAUAUGAAACAUUUAUGUGCAUUUGUUUGCAUCAUAGAACUGUACGUUUGUGUUUGUAUGUGUCUGAGGUGGGGAGGAGUCACACUGAAUUAAGACGUCAUGCAGUAGGCCGACGUGUAAAGAUUUAGCAUACUUACACCGGUAAGAUGGGAAAAAAACGCCAGUGAAGUGAAGUGAAGUGAAGUGAAACGAAUUUUCUACGGCAAAAAUCGUUCACUUUAUUGAUCAAAACAGUAUGGCCGCAGGUGAAGGAUAUAAUGACAAGUUUCAAACGAAACUCAAUAAGAAAUGGCAACAGAAAGCAAAAGAUGAGUUACAUGAAGAUGACAAAGAACUAGACGGAGCAGUUCAGUCACUGCGGGAAUGGGCUCUACAACAACAAUGGCUCAACACACCCACAGACACAGAGUAUCUCAUACGCUUUUUGAGGGUUCGGAAGUACUCUCAGCUGGCUGCCAGAAGCACACUGGAGCACUAUUGGACUGCAAGAACAAAAUACAAAGACUGGUACAAUUCCGGAGUCAGUAGUGACAACCCUGUUAUUUUGGACUUGCUCAAGUCUGGAUUUUAUUUAUUUACACCUGGAGAAGACAGUGAGGGUAGAAGAUUAAUCAUUGAAAGACCAGGAGCUUUAAGGGUUGAAGAAGUACUAAAGAAAUAUGGAACAGUGGACGUAAUUUUUCAAGCAGUAAUGUGUAUCUGGGAUGUACUGAAUAUGGAUGAACGAGUUCAAGUUAAUGGUUUCUUAUUGUUACAUGACGGCACUAUGUCAGACACUGAUACAGCAAAAUCAUACAACAUGUCCACUAUGAAAAGAUGCAUGCAUAUCUUUCAAAAAGCAUAUCCUACUCGAAUAAAAGGUCUACAUGUAUAUGGUUUACCUCUCAUGUUUGAUGCAUUACUGAGAUUUUGCAAGACGUUAUUCAGUGAUAAAAUUGCUAACAGACUUCAUGUUCAUGGCAAAAGCAUGGUUUCUGUGUAUAAAUAUAUAGAUCAAAGUUUACUGCCGAGAGAAUAUCUACCAGACUGUUAUAGUGGAGAAUGUGCAGGAACAAUUGCAGAGGUUGUAGAUAAUAUGGUACAGCACUUCACAAAACCAGAUGUCAUUGCACACAUACGUGAUCUGAACAGCGGAAAGUAUAGAAUAGAUCUCGAGUUAAAAGCCAAAUCUGAUGUACCAUCUGAAUCAUAUAGAAAACUCAACAUUGAUUGAUUUCACACAGUUUAUUACAUUUAAUUGUACAUUCUUGUUUUACCCUACUGAAUAGUUCAGCGCGCAUGUCUGUUUUUAAUAUAUUUUAUUUGUUUUGUCACACCUUGCCUAUCAGAGAUCUGAUUUUAAAAUUUUGUUUGAAAAAAUAAAGCGUUCCAAAAAUAGAAUGGAUUUGCUUAUGAACUUGAAACAAUUCAGGAACUAGCAUAAUGAAAGGGGUACG